UGUCAUUUCACAAUUUGCCGAGCAACCCAUAAAAUUGUUGUCUGCCGCAAAAUAAGAAAACAAAUAUUUUUCACACAAUAGUUAAGUAAAUAAAUAAUAAAAACGACGCUGACAUGGCGCGUCAUACUAAUUUUCUGGAUGGCAAUGACAAUUUCCGUGAACAAAAUCUACGCUUUGUGCGGAACGAGAUGGAAGAUAAUUUCAAUCAAUUCUUUGGCGGUAGCAACAACAAUAAUGGCGGCAACGCCGGCAUCAACAACGCGCCAAAUGUUGCAGCGCCGCCACGCGACUCAAAAGUUGUGCAACCCACACCAGGUUUCUGUGUCAAGACCUUCAAGGUGAACAGCAAUGAGAAGUUCUUCAUUAACGUCUGCCAAGCAGCCGAAGUACCAGCUCCAACCGAUGUUACAGACGAGGAACUGAUUGCUAUCUUGGAAUCGAGCACUCCGGGAUCUUUUCGUGUUCCCAUGAGCAUCUCUGAGCUGCGCAACACAAAGGAUCGUUCCGACAAUUCGGUCGAAGUGUGCGAUAUUGCUGUUCACCCAAAUUUUCUGGCCAAAAUCAAAAAGUCGCAACUCUUCAAUAAUUUCUUUCUGCAAAUCGUUGCUGAGGCAUUGAGUGAAAAGUACAACAUUCAAAUAACAAUGCACAAGACAAUUAUUCUGAGUAAUCGCAAAUUCAUUGGCACCCUUGUGGCUCAUCGUGUGCGCAACGAUGAUGUUCAGCGGGCCUUAAACUCAAGUGAUCCCGGCAAGCCGGGAUUACAGGCUAGCUCAGGUCAGCAGCUGGUGCAGGAAAUCGAUGAAGCCUAUGCUACUAAUAUUCGAAACAAUUGGAUAAAGAACAAAGAACCGGUCUACAAACUGCGAGCACGUCUUCGAGAUGAAGUGGUUCAUGAAAUUCAAGCUGAACUCUAUUUGCCUAAUUGUGUCUCGUCACAAGAAUUCAACUUGGAUAUUGGCGAAGAUCGUAUUUUGCUCGAGUCUUUGAAGCACGGCAUUCUUUUUGACAAAUUUGUGAAUUAUCGUUUAAAUCAAGAACGUGCUCAAGCACUUUUUGAUAAAACUAGCAAGAUGCUACAAGUGCGCAUUCCAGUUCAUAGUGCCUAAUUAAUUUUUCCGAUGCAGUGCAUUACAAAAAACCAAAACUAUACUUAUUAUGUUUGAGUAAUUAAAUAAAGAGCAAUGGUAUAAAACCCAA